ACUUAUCUCAUCAUCUGUUAUAACCUUAAUGCAAACUCGCCAAAAUUUUUGAUAGGAACAUAUUUGGAUAAAGUACUCUUGGUUUCAGUGAAAAUAUUUGUGUAAAAUGGCAGUUUGGAGUUCUUUAAGAACUAGCAUUAACAGAUUGUUAAUAAAUGGAACUAGAAAUGUUCCUUGUCAACAAAGAUUCAUGAGUGGAGAUCAUGGCCAUCACAAAGUUAUGGAAAUAAGGGCCACUCGUUUCCAGUGGCAAAAGAUGAAAGAUUUGUUCCAUUUUUAUUUAAUGCUAGGAAUCAUUCCAGUUGGCUUGCUGAUUUUUUGUUCUAAUGUGUUCAUUGGACCAUCUACACUUAGAGAGAUACCUGAAGAUUAUACUCCACAACAUUGGGAAUAUUAUAGACAUCCUAUAACCCGCUUUCUAGCCAGAUAUGUUUAUAAUAGCCACCAGCUAGAAUACGAAAAAACUUUACACAGGCUCUAUGAACAGGACGAGAAACAAAAAAUAAGGAAACUGCAAAGUAAGGUUUUAGACUUGAUGUACAAAAACAAGGAUUACCAAGCCUAUUACUAUGUUCCAGUUGAUGGUAAAUACCACCGUAUUGUUAGACAAGAAUCAGAAGAGAUUGCCAAAGUUGGUGGAUUUGUAGCACCAAAAUUAGGUCCUCCAGUUUAAACUUUUGUGUUGUUGAUUGUAAAUAUUGUUAUGUAAAUAGAUGGACUUUGUAGACACCAUAUUUAAUAAAUAUUUUUUUUGAUCAAGUAAAAUUUAU